AUGUCAAAAUACGAGGGUGCUGGUGUGGUACACCAGGAAAGUACCCUGGACCAUGUGGUUCUGGACAAAGAGCCCCAGGGCCAGGUCCAAGAGGUCCAUGCUGCGUCCGUUGCCCUCGCAGCGGCCAUGGCUGCUCGGCCUCCGCAGCUGCUCUCAAAAAGCAUGAUCAAGCUUUACAUGAUCAUGGGUAUCUGUUAUCUGGUCUCAACGAUGAACGGUUUCGAUUCCUCGCUCAUGGGUGCUAUCAACGCCAUGAAGCCCUACCAGGAGUCUUUCGGACUGUCUGGCGCUGGUUCCUCGACUGGUGUGGUGUUCAUUAUUUACAACCUCGGUCAAAUUGCUGCGUUCCCCUUCUGUGGUCUCCUGGCUGACGGCUAUGGCCGUCGUAUCUGUAUCUUCAUCGGCUGUCUCAUUGUCUGGAUUGGCACUGCUGUGCAGGCCCCUGCUACGAGCAUGGGAAUGUUCAUGGGCGGUCGUUUCCUGCUCGGAUUCGGCGCUGCUCUCGCCAGUGCUGCCGCUCCCGCAUGGUGUGUCGAGCUCAGUCAUCCCGCCUAUCGUGGUACCAUGGCGGGUAUGUACAACAAUUUCUGGUGGCUGGGUAACAUUCUGGCUGGCUGGACCACCUACGGAAGCAACCUGCACCUCCAGACUGCCUGGGCGUGGCGUAUUCCCACUAUUGUCCAGGCCGGUCUGCCUGGAAUCGUCCUCUUCUCGGUCAUGUUCUUCCCCGAGUCCCCCCGUUGGCUCAUUGCCAAGGACCGCCGCGAGGAGGCCCUUGAUGUGCUCGCCAAGUAUCAUGGUGAAGGCGACCGCCAGCACCCCAUCGUCCAGCUCCAGUACCACGAGAUCACCGAGCAGAUCAGCGCCACCCACAACGACAACCCGUGGUGGGACUUCCGCGAGCUGGUCAACACCCGUGCUGCCCGCUACCGUCUGGGUCUCCUGGUCGCCAUGUCUCUGUUCGGCCAAUGGUCCGGUAACAAUGUCGUGUCCUACUUUAUGCCCCAGAUGAUCAUCCAAGCCGGUAUCCUCGACCCCAACAAGCAGCUGCUCAUCAACGCCAUCAACCCCAUCUUCAGUAUGAUUGGUGCCAUCUACGGUGCCACCCUUCUGGACAAGCUCGGUCGUCGUACCAUGCUCCUGAGCGGUCUCGCCGGUGGUCUCAUUGCAUACAUCAUGCUGACUGCCUUCACUGCCGAGACCCCCAACAACCCCAACCUGAGUUACGGUGUGAUUGUCUCCAUCUACCUCUUCGGUAUCAUCUUCGCCUGGGGUUUCACCCCCCUGCAGACUCUCUAUGCCGUCGAGGUUCUCGAGAACCGCACUCGUGCCAAGGGUUCCGGCCUGAACUUCCUCGUCCUCAACGUGGCCAUGGUCGUCAACACCUACGGUAUCUCAGUCGGUAUUGAGAAGAUUGGCUGGAAGCUGUACCUUGUCUACAUCGCCUGGAUCAUCGUCGAGAUGGUUAUCAUCUACUUCUUCUUUGUCGAGACCGCCGGAAAGACCCUUGAAGAGCUCAAGGAGAUCUUCGACGCCCCCAACCCUCGCAAUGCCAGCUUGAAGCGAACCAAGGUCGAGAUCGACCAGACUGGUACUGUCGUUGGCAUGGAGGCGUAG